AAUUCAUGCACCAAGCCUCACAGGGGUGGGCAAACUUUUUGACUCGAGGGCCACAAUGGGUUCUUAAACUGGACUCAGAAGAAGGAGCUGCGGCGGUGUUUCCGAUGUUGCCAUGUUAAGGCUGCUGCUGGUGAAGGAGCGGAGGGGAGAGCAAGAGAACCCUCCGCUCUUAGAACAGCCGAACAGGCCGGAUCCGGCCCGCCGGCCGUAGUUUGCCCACGCUGAAUCUAGUAUCUCAAUAAAGCUGGGGGGGGGGGGCGGUCCUUGUGAUCGCAGCAGAGUGAGGAGAGACUAGAGGGAGAUGAGGCCAGGAAGCCCAAGAGCAGGAGGUGUGCCCUGCAGGCCAUGGGGAGGGUUGGCUUCUGGCCUGAGAGAAAUGGGGAGCCGUCGCAGGGUUUGAGCAGAAGAGACAUGUUCUGAAAGGACCACAGCUCUGUCGGCAGGAGACUGUAGGGGCCAGAGCAGAAGCAGGGAGGCCUGUCCAGAGGCCCCCGGGAUGGCCCGGGCCAUUGGGACGAGUGGGGGCAGGGCUGGGGCAAGAGGAAGAGGGACGCUGGAUUUGGGAAGGAAGCGGCGAGGGCUGAUGGGCUGGGCGUGAGGUGGGAGAGGAAGCCGAGUCCGGAGGAUGAGAGGUUGUUGGCCUAAUUGGACGAAGGGGUUUCCAUCGAUGGAGACGGAGAAGGCGGUGGGAAAGGCAAGCCUGGAGGGAAGAGCAGUCCGAUGUCACCAAGCUCCUCUCGAGGGAGGGCUUAGGUAGCACUUACAGGGCCACGUGUGUCUGAUGGAGAAAUGAAGCGGGCAAGGUGGGCAGAGGGAGGUUAGAGGAAGGCCUUGCCAACAGGUGAUCCCUGAGCAAAGACACGGAAAUCAGGGUGAGCCGACGGGCCUGGUGGAGGAAUGGCAGGCACAGGCGGCUGUGCUUAGCUGGUGGGCUGGCUGAGUGGAGGGCGGGACGGAGAGGAGGAAGAGGACGAGGGCGUGCUGGCCACGGCCACGCAGGGCUGGGGCUCAUGCCGGGGAGUCGGGAACUGAGGGACGGACCUGGCGUAGGACUUAGCCUCUGGCCGCCCUGUGCAGAGCAGCUGUGCGGGCAGGACAGGAAGCCAGGCUUCGGAGGAGGCUGUAGCUGCCAUCUCUGCCAGGGACGGGUGUCCUCCUGGGGCCGGGGCCGGGCUGCUUCCUGCUGGUGGAGGAAGAGCCCCGAGAGAAGGCGAGGGAGGCCGGAGGGAGCGGAGAGGGGGCGUGGUUUCCGGAAGAGGGUGCUGGAAGCUGCAGAUGUGGGGGAAGAAGUCUGAGGCGCUGCGGCUGGGCCUGGCCGGUGGAGCCUUCGGGAGAGAAGGGGAUCUCCCGAUGUCGGGGUGCAGCACCGUGCCUGCCAUGCAGUACGCCGUGGGCGUGCCCCCCGCGCUGGUGCGGAGAGGCCUCCUGGGAAGGGACUUCCUGGUGACCAGGACGCUGUGCAGCCCGGGCGCCCGGCAGCCCCGAGAGGACAGGCCUGAGGAGGAGGCCCUGCGGCUGCCCCAGCGCCUGGCGGUGCAGGGCCGGGCCCUGGGGCACCGCCUUCAGCAGCGCGCCGCUGCCAAGGCCACCGCCUGGUGGGAGAGAUACGAGGAGUUUGUGGGGCUCAACGAGGUCCGAGAGGCCCAGGGGAACGUGGCGGAGGCCGAGAAGGUGUUCAUGGUGGCUCGAGGCCUUGUCCGCGAGGCUCAGGAGCAGGUGGAGGUGCAGCAGGCCAAGCUGAAGGAGGUGAGGGACCGCCUGGACCGCAUCUCCAAGGAGGACAGCCAGUACCUGGAGCUGGCCACCCUGGAGCACCGCAUGCUGCAGGAGGAGAAGAGGCUGCGCACAGCCUACCUGCGGGCCGAAGACUCCGAGCGAGAGAAGUUCUCCCUCUUCUCGGCGGCCGUGCGGGAAAGCCACGAGAAGGAGCGCACGCGGGCCGAGAGGACCAAGAACUGGUCCCUCAUCGGGUCGGUCCUGGGGGCCCUGAUCGGCGUGGCCGGCUCCACCUACGUGAACCGCGUGCGGCUGCAGGAGCUGAAGGCCUUGCUGCUGGAGGCCCAGAAGGGGCCCGUGAGCCUCCAGGAGGCCAUUCGGGAACAGGCGUCCAGCUACUCCCUCCAGCACCGGGACCUGCACGACCUCAUAGCGGACCUGAGGGGCCUGGUCCAGGCUGAGCCGGGGCCGAGCUCUGGGGCCCAGGCAGGGACCCCCGCCCGGGACAGUGACGCAGACGUCCUCUCAGCUGCCCUGAGAGAGCAGCUCAGCCACUCCCGGCAGGUCCAUUCCUGUCUGGAGGGUUUGCGAGAGCAGCUCGACCGCCUGGAGAAGACUUUUGGCCAAGUGGCCGGGGUGGUGCAGCUUGCGAAGGCCGCCGACCCGGCUCUGCCUGGCUCUGCACUGGAGCCGGGGGGCCUGGUCUUGGUGCUGCCGGACAUGGAGCAGCGGCUGGAAGCCCAGGUCAACAGGAACACCAUCUACAGCACGCUGGUCACCUGCCUGACGAUCGUGGCCACCAUGCCAAUGCUCUACAUGCUGUUCAGGGCCAGCUAGCCCGGACCGGCUCCGAGGGCCUCGGCUGGCUGGUGUGGAUGCAGUAGAGGGUCCUGGUGGGGAAGUGAAUCUUGGGGGACACACGCCACCUCAGCCUGAGCCGGGUACCAUCUGUGUGGUGCCUGGCAGACGGACACAUUUCCUUCUUGGGCAGUGCUCAUCUAUAUUAAUUAUGAAAACUUUGUGCUAACAUCUCAUUAACAUGUCUUUGCGUUUAUGUUAUUUAAAGUAAUUUAUAUCAA